UAUGACAGCAAAACCCGAAUAAAACACACCGAGACUCCUGCAGAUUUACCGGCCGAACCGAACCGGACACUUAUGUCAGCGGUCCGCGUUUAGUGUUCGGCGCUUGUCUGUGAGUCCGGCGCUCUUUUGACGCGCGUGUGUUCGUGUGUCAGCCGCAGGAACCGCAGAGAUGAUGGAAGAAGAGGAGCGACAGAGGAAACUAGAGGCCGGUAAAGCCAAGCUGGCCGAGUACCGUCAGAGGAAAGCUCAGUCUGAUGGACAGAAGAAGCAGAAGAAGAAGAAGAAGAAAAAGUCAGAAUCUGAGGUGGAGGAACGUGUGAGAGAUGAGCCGGGGGAAAAUAAUGGAGAUCAGCCGGAGGGAGAACAGAACACUGUGUUUUCACUCUCAAAGACCCUCCGUUGUGGAGAAACCGUCACACAUGACCAGACGUACACUAUAGAGCCGGAGAGUGAGGUGUCCACGACGGCAGAAGACUGCUCCUCUGAGGUGAAUGGUUUCCAUGAGAGGACAGAGAGAGAGUUAUCGUCCUGUGUGAUUGUGGAGGAGGAUUUACAGCAGUCUGAAUCGCACAUGGAGCCUGACCUCAAGAGCAGCGGCCCUCAGAGUCGAAAACAGAUCAAGGAGGACGAGUUGGCCGCCAAAAACUUGGCCAUGGAAGAGCUGAACCAUGGACUCGAGGAGAUCAGAGCCACUUUUGGAACUGAAGGAGUGCAGCAACUGCAGGACUUUGAGGAAGCAUUGAAACAGAGAGAUGAAAUUAUAACGCAGCUCACGAUGAAUCUGCAGCAGGCGCGAGCCGAGAAGGAGGAGGUGAUGAGGGAAUUUCUGGAACUGACGGAACAAAGCCAAAAACUGCAGAUUCAGUUCCAACAGCUGCAGGCAGGUGAAAUACUGAGAAGCUCCAAUAUCAGCUCAACUGCUGCAGAUCUUCUGCAGGCCCGUCAGCAGAUAUCACUGUACCAACAACAGCUGGAAGAGAAAGACGCACAGGUCAAAGGUCACCAGGAGGAACAGCUUUUAUUGAUUACGCAGCUUCAGGAGAGACUGAGUGAUGCUGAAAGGGUUCACACACAAGCUGAACAAUCAUUUGCUCAGAGUUUAAGAGAUAAAGAACAGCUGAACUCUGAGCAACAGUGCCUAAUCUCAAAGCACCUGCAGUCUUUAGCUCAACUCCAGGAUCAUCUUCUGAACUCCUCACAACAGCUGGAGGAAGUGAACAAACAUCUGACUGUGAAGACCCAAGAGCUGGAGAACUGUGAAAGGGAACUCUCCGUUUCCAGACAGAAAGAGCGAAUGUCGUCCGGAGAAAUCUUACAGCUCAUGAAAACUGUAGAAGACCUUCAGCAACGCUGCCAUCAGGGCAGCCAAUCAGAGGGCGAGACGCUGCAGAGAAUGGAAGAUGAUUGGACGUGCAGGAUGGAUCAGUUACGAGCCGAAUUGGACGAAAUGUACGGACAGCAGAUUGUGCAGAUGAAACAGGAACUUCGAGUCCAAAACACGGCGGAAGUAGAUCGAAUCAAGGAGGAGCAUUCUGUGGAUGUGGAGAAGAUCGUUCAACAGCAUCGAUCAGAGCUGGAGAGGUUCAAAGGUCAACUGUCUCAGAGCGUCGGAGGGGUCAACGUUCUUAACGUGAAGGUCAUAGAGCUGCAGAACAAGCUGCAGGAGUCGCAGGUGUUGCGAGAGAAAGCGGAGCAGGAACUGACGCGGAUGAGCGAAGAAAAACUCAAUCUAGCGAGCCAAGUUGAACGUUUGCACCAGGAGCUGACGCACACGAGAGCGGAAGCGGAAAUGAGAUCCAAGAGUCCAGAGAAAAGCCAGACGGAGAUGCAACUCCUGCGUGAUGCGAUUAGCGACCUGCAGAUGCAGCUGCACGCCGCGCAGAAGGCCAACGGCGACCUCGAGGCCAAACAUGAAUCAGAGAUCACGAACUACAAAAUCAAACUAGACAUGCUGGAGCGCGAAAAGGACGCCGUGCUGGACAGAAUGGCCGAAUCGCAGGAAGCGGAGCUGGAACGGUUGAGGACGCAACUUCUUUUCAGCCACGAAGAGGAGCUGUCGAGACUCCGAGUCGACCUUCAACGGGAAAGCCAGCUGAAUGUUGAGAACUUGAGAGGCGAUAUGACCGUGAGGCACCGUGAGGCCUUGGAACUCCUUCGGACGGACUUUGAGGACAAAUUGCGAUCUGUUGAGAGCGAGAGGGCGGUGUUAGCGACAGAGAGAGUUUCGCUUCUUCAGGAGAUCGUGGAGCUGAAAAACGAUCUGAAUCAAGUCCUGGAAAGCUCUCGAGCUGAAGAACUGGUUGCAGAGCUGAAGGUAUUGCAGGGAGAAGUCGAAGAUCUGAGACGGAGAGAUAGCGAAAGAGUGACAAUGAAAAACGACGAUUGGGAGAAUGAAAGAAAAGACAUGGCGUCUGAAAAUAAGACUUUGAAAGAGUCGAACGCAGCCAUGAAGGACGAACUGACGCACUUGAAACAAGAUCGUGAAACACUCCUUCGGAAAAUCGACAAUCUCUCGAUAGAAAGUGAACAGAAACAGAAACAAAUGAAGGAUUUUCAAGAUGAGAUCGAAAAACAGAAAAACACCUUUUCUUUCGCUGAAAAGAACUUCGAAGUGAACUACCAGGAGCUUAAGGACGAGUACACGUGCUUGGUGAACGCUAAGGGUCUUCUCGAGGAGCGUUUGAUCAAAGAAACAAUGGAAUACGAGGCGAAACUCUGUGAUCUCAAUACAAAACUUAAGACGAGAUCCUUGAGGGACAAAACGGACGAUGAAGAGGCGGAUGGGAGAAUGCUGAUUGAAAAAGACACGACUGAGCUAAUGGAAAAACUGGAAGUGGCCGGGAAGGAGAAGAACGACUUGGCGGAGAGGCUCUCCGAAACGGUCGCUCAAGUGACGCUGAUGGAAGACGAGCUGAAGAUGGUGAAGAGAGAAAGAGAUGAGAUUGUUGUGAGAAAUAAAGAGCUGGAAUCUCAACGACAAACCCUCACGAUUCAGCCCUUGGAGGACUGCGUUGUCGCUGGUGGUUUGUGCUCUGUAGAAACGCAUCACACGCACAUAAAAUCUUUGAAAGAGGAAAUAAUGAUGCUUCAAUCUUCUCUACUUAGUGUUGAACAAGAGCACAGCUUUUAUCAGGAGCGCCUCAUUGCCUUGACACAAGAAAGCCCCACGCUAAAGGAGCGUUUGUCCAUGCGUGGGGGGACGUACAGAUACCCCUCCCCUCAGACGGCAGUCGGGAGCGAGAGAGAGACACCUCAGAGUACUACAGCAAGCCACACAGCAAAGCAUGAGGAUCCGCUUACAGCGCUUGACGGCAGAUGCCCACAGCAGGUAAAGACGGGAGACACUCCGGCUGAUCGGGAUGCCGUCAGACAUGAGAUGAUGCAGCUACAGGACAUGGACAGCUCUGAGCAUGAUGAGUGUCGGCUGCAGAUGGAGGCGCAGCGCAUCAGUCUGUCUCAGAUUCACGCAGCUCAACUGGAAGUGCUAAGAGAGAGCUUGUUUGCACAGACGCAGGAGCAGCUGCGCAUCCGAGAGGAGGAGCUGUGGGACGCACAUGCCCAUGAGCUGCUGGAUUUGCAGGAUGAGUUGAAGAGAGAGCAGCAGGGGGUCAGGGGUCAGCACACAGAGCUGAACGAGUCGUCUGUCCAGCAGCUUAAGUCAGAGUUUCAGGAGCAUUCAGCUCAUCUGGAGGAGAGUCACCGGCGGGAGAUCGAGCAUCUGAAGAUCUGCUAUCAGCAGCAGAUGGAGGAGAAACAGGAGCGUUUCACAGCGGAGAUUCUCCUGCUGCAGCAGAGACUCCAGGAGCUCACAGGAGCAGAGGAACACUUCAGCGUGCCGAGCGUCUGUCAGAGCCGGGCGAGAGAUGAGCAGCAUGAACCCGUGCAGGACGAGGAGUCUCUCUCUGUAGAUGCUGAAGAAGAGCUGGUGUCUGCAGGUCUGUGGCGUGAGCUGCAGGCAGUGCAGGAGGUCCCGUACGAGAGCUCGUGUGAAGAGGUGACUGAUCUGGAUGUGGAGAGAGAUGCUCAGAUCAGAUCUCAUCCUGAGGAAACACAUCUCACACACUUACAGGAGAAACAUCAUCAAGAGCUGCUGGUGCAGGAGAUCGCCAAGGUGAUUGUUCAGAUGUCGGUUGAAUUCGCUCAACAGACUGAACUCCGCCGCAUCAGUAAACAGACCCGCGAGACGAGCGCCGCCGUACAGACUGACGACACUGAAGAAGAAAUGAGGAGAGAGUCUGAGGGGAGUCCAGACGAGAGCGUUACUGAUGAUUGGUCUGAUUCUGUUACCGUGAUGAAGUCUCCGAGAUGCACACAGUCUUCUGAUGAAGAACACAUCUGCAAAACUGAAGAAGAAACACACGAGGAUGGAGAUGAUGAUGAUGAAGAAAGUGAAAUCCCAUCAGAGACACAGUUUGAUGAAGAUGAUAGUGAGAUGUUUAAAGAGGAGCAGGAGGACCGAAAGAUCCCUCCAGAGCUGCCUGAUGAUGAUGAUGAAGAUGAAGAUCAGUGUGGAGUCGUACUUGCACAGGAGAUUUGUUCAGAGCUCAUUCAGCAGGAAGAGGAACACACUCGUGUGCUGGAGGAGCUCAGAUCAUCACACACACAACAGAUGGAGGUUUACCUGGAGCAGAACACACACCUCAUCACACAGAUACACACACUCAACCAACAGCUGCUGCAGAGAGAAGAAGAGCUGCAGCAGAUGAAGGGCGAGACACAGAGAGAUCAACAAUCAUAUCCUUGCAUGCAAAACAGAAGCACACAGACAGAGCAGAAGACAAUGGAAGCAGAGGUGAUGAAGGGCAGAGGUCAUGAAACAACUGUGACAUCACAGUCAUCUACACAAGAUUCAGAGCUCUCAUCUGAUGUCAUCACUACAGAGAGGGAUUUGUUGCGUAAGGCGAACAGUCGCUUGCGUCAGGUGCUGAGUGACGUGUUGAAGACGACGGCAGCGGCAGAGGAAACUAUCGGCCGUCAUGUGGAGGGAAUCCUGGAGUCCAGCAAGAGUCAGCUGAGAGCCACCUGGAAGAAGAUCCCAUCUGAGGGAUUCAAACCAAACACACUGACACCAGGACCUGCAGGAGACAUGUCCUCUGAGAGGUUCCAUGGAAGUGAGACGGGCGCUGAUGACAUCAGCGUGUUUUCAGGGGAGACGGAUGAAGGACUGGAGAUGUUGCAGAAGAUCCCGGGGGUGGAGCUACAGCUGCAGGAGGCGGAGCUUCAGCUGGAGAGGGAGGAGUAUCUGAUGAGCAUCAGCACACGACUGCAGAGCGCUGUGGAGAAACUGCUCAUCACCAUCACCGAGACAUCCACUCAGCUGGAACAUGCACACGUCACGCAGACGGAGUUGAUGCGAGAGAAGUUCAGGCACAAUGAGGAGAUCGAGGAGCUUCUGGGCAGACAGGAAGAGCUUCAGGAGCGUCUCAGUGAGGAGGGUCGAGCGCGAGAACAGCUGGCACUGGAGCUGCACAAGGCUGAAGGUUUGAUUGACGGCUACACAGGAGAGCGUUUGGGUCUAGAGCAGCAGAUCCGCGAGCGAGCAGAUCUUCAGCUGCACUUCGAGCAGGAGCUGCACGUGACCAGCAGUCGUCUGCGUGAACUCGAGCAGGAGAGACUGCAAAUACAGCAGGAGAGAGAGCUGCUGUCACGGCAACAAGACGCCAUGAGAGACGGGGCGGGGUCCCAAGAGCUGCGACUAGUUGAAGCUGCUAUUGAUGCAGCACCUGAAGCAGAUCUGCUGGAGGAGACGGAGAAGCUGAUGGCGGAGAAGGUGGCGGUGCAGCGGCAGGCACAGAAGGACAGCGACGAGCUGCAGCUGCAGGUGAGACAGCUGGAGGCGGAGCUUGAGGAGCAGGUGAGCCGUCUGCAGGAGCUGCAGGAGCUGCACAGGACUGAAGGAGCUGACCUCAGACAACAGAUACAGGCCUUGGAGAAACAGCUCGAGAACAACCGCAGGUUCAUGGACGAGCAGGCAGCGGACAGAGAACACGAGCGAGACGUCUUCCAGCAGGAGAUUCAGAAUCUGGAGCAGCAGCUGAAGAAUCCACCCAAAUCACACGCAGCCAGUGAGCAGAGAGACAGAGAGGUGCAGGAGUUGCGUUCAGCGCUGCAGGAGAAGUCCGACUGGUGCAGCGAGCUGCUGUUGCGCUCUGAGCAGCUGCAGCGAGAUGUUCAGGAGAGAGACGAGGAGAUCGACACGCUCGGAGCGCAUGUGACAGAACUGCAGCACACACUCAUGCAGCGGGUUGAGGAAGUUCCACAUGUGUCUAUGGCUGGCCGUGUUGAUGUCACACUGGAAGCACAGCUGCAGACUGAGAGAGAGGCUCUGGACAGGAAGGAGAAAGAGAUAGUGAAUCUUGAGGAGCAGCUGGAGCAGUUUCGUGAGGAGCUGGAGAAUAAGAGCGAGGAGGUGAAUCAGCUUCACAUGCAGCUGGAGAUCCAGAGGAAGAAGAUCAGCAGCCAUCAGCAGGAGCUUCAGGAUCACACCAGACUCACACAGGUGUUGGAGGAGAAGGACAGACAAAUAGCCGUUCUUAACGAACAGAUCGCUAAACUACAGCACACAGGAUCAGAGCCUGAGAAAGAGGUGUUGGAAGAGAAAGAUGAAGUUCUCCGUGAGCUGGAGGGGCAGGUGGAGUAUCUGCGGAGCGAACAGGAGCGUCUGAAGAGGAACAGCGAGGAGGAGGUGGACCAGCUGAACGCUGUCAUUGAGAAACUCCAGCAGGAGCUGUCGCACAUCGAGCACAAGCAACCUCAGGAGGACGAGACACCCGGUGUGAGGGAAGAGUACAACGAGAUGAAACAGAAGAUGGAUGAGGUCACCAGAGAACUCGGCACGUUGAAGGCUGACCACAGCUCGCUGAAGAGCAGAUACGAGAGUCUGCAGGAGGAGGCGUUCGCUCAGAAAGACUCUGAGAUGGUGGCAGAGCUCGAGGAGGCACUGAUGGAGAAGACCGCAGCAUUUCUGGUGGUCCAAGCUGAGGUUCAGGCUCUUGAGGAGAGCGCUGGGUCAAGGGUGAUGAGUUUGAGUCAGCGUGUGGAAGAACUAGAGAUCUGUGUAGAGGAGAAAGACUCGGAGCUUCACGCCUGCAGGCUAAAGGUGGAACAAGCACAAACCGACGCAGACGAUCUUUACCGCAAAGUCAUCGACCUUGAGGAGAAACUCAGGGAGAAGGUGGCCGCUGUGCUGGUCAGUCAAGUGCAGCUCGGAGCCAUUCAGAGCCAAACCAAAGAGCUCCACGCUGAGGCCCACGCAGGAGACGUCACAUCAGAAGAGGUGGGCCUCAGGGUGGAGCUGGAGUCUGAGGACGUGGCAUCUACACCAGCCUCAGGAGGGAAGAUGAGCCUCCUGACGGAGACACUGAAGGAGCUGGAGGAGGGAUUGAGCGGGAUGCAGAAGGAUCAAGAGCUGCAGAAACAGUUGUUUAGCAGCUCUGAGGAGGAACUGCAUGAGUAUGAGAGGAGAUUAGCUGUUCUCAUGGAGCUACUCGACCAAAUGAGAACCAAACCAACACAACACAGACCGCUGCCAUCUGCUGAGCAUGUCUCAAAAGAGGGUCCGGACCAGUCCAUAUCAGAGCUGCUGCAGGAGCUGCAAGAGGUCAAAGGUGAAGCUGCAUCCACUAAACAGGAGUUGAACUGCUACAGAGAAUUAAGCCAUAAACUGCAGGAGGAGAUCGAGCAGAUGAAGGAAAGCACUAUUGCACAGCUCCAGACGGCCCUCAGUCAGGUGUCAGCAGACUCGCGUGAGCAAGAGGGUGUGGCUGCUAAACUUCACCUGGAACUGCAGGAGGUCAGAGGUCAGAUGGCGAGCACACAACAAGAACUGGACGGCUGCAAGGAUCAGAGCGCCACACUGCAGGAGCUGCUGCAGGAGAGAGAAAUGAGCAUCGCUCGACUGAAGGAUCAGCUGGACGGGCAUGCCUCACAAGAGUCCACAUCAGAGCUGCUGCAGGAGCUGCAAGAGGUCAAAGGUGAAGCCGUGUCCACCAAAGAGGAGUUGAACAGCUACAGAGAGCGCAGUCUCAAACUACAGGAGGAGAUCGAGCAGAUGAAGGAAAGCACUAUUGCACAGCUUCAGACGGCCCUCAGUCAGGUGUCAGCAGACUCGCGUGAGCAAGAGGGUGUGGCUGCUAAACUUCACCUGGAACUGCAGGAGGUCAGAGGUCAGAUGGCGAGCACACAACAAGAACUGGACGGCUGCAAGGAUCAGAGCGCCACACUGCAGGAGCUGCUGCAGGAGAGAGAAAUGAGCAUCGCUCGACUGAAGGAUCAGCUGGACGGGCAUGCCUCACAAGAGUCCACAUCAGAGCUGCUGCAGGAGCUGCAAGAGGUCAAAGGUGAAGCCGUGUCCACCAAAGAGGAGUUGAACAGCUACAGAGAGCGCAGUCUCAAACUACAGGAGGAGAUCGAGAUCAGAGACGCAUCCAUCGCUCAGUUAAAGGAGAACGUUCAGCAGCUGCAGACUGCUUUGAUCAAAUCCAGCGAUGAGCCGUCAUCUCACCCGAACAAGAACAGAAACAAACAUGGAGACAACAGAGAGAAUCAUGGGAACAAUGAAAGUGUUGACACGCCCCCCCUCUCCCACAGAAACUCCACUGACCAAUCAGAGCGAUCCACCUCCUCCUCAUCUCUGAACGUGACGUCCCGGGUGUCACACGUGGACGUGGGGACGCAGGCUGAGCCGUCCAGAUCUGAGGACAUGGAGGAGAUGAUCGCGAGCCACACAGAGAAGAUUGGACAGAUGCAGGAGCUCCACGCGGCCGAGAUCAUGGACAUGGAGACGAGACACAUCACAGAGAGCGAGAACCUGAAGAGAGAAAACCAGCAGCUGGAGGAAGAGUGUCAAGCGCUCCGAGACGCCAUCGAGAAACUCCGAACAGCUGAGGGUCCUUCAGUGAGAGCGUCAGAACGGCCCGCAGUCUCUCCGUUUAAAGACGAAUACGCCAGUGACAGCAGUUCAGACUGGAGUCAGCGCACAGGUCAUGACCUUCCUCAUCGGCAGCUGGAGUUCAGAACUACACCCGAGGGGGCGCGGAGAGACAUCGAACCGGACGUCCUGCCAGACAGGAUCAAGGUUCUAAUGCGUGAGGUUCAUCAGGAGGGCAUGCAGGUUUUGUCUCUGUCUGAAAUACCGCUGUCUGAGGUGGAUGGAGAUGGCGCACAGAUCACCCCUCCGGCCUGGAGCAAAGAGAGAGACGCCCUCAUCAACACCAUAGAGUCCCACAAAUCACUCAUCAGCAAAUUGCAGACAAACACAGACACACAGGUUGGUGUUGACUGGCGUUCAGAUCUGCUCUCAGCCGUUCAACGGGUGUUUGUUCAGGAGCGAGACGUGCUGAAGAAUGUUCUUUACUCUCAUCUGGAGCGCGUGGACACCGCAGAUGCUGUAGUUCAUCUCAACCAGCUGGAGAGGGCGCUAGUUGAGCAGGAUGUUCGUCACAGGGAGCUGAUGGGUACGUUGUGUUCUGCAGACAGAAACAGUCUGAUCUCAGAGAUCCAUCAGCUCAGAACUCAACUCAGUACACUCGUCUCAGACGUCCCGAACGCACCACACUCACGCCACCAUGUGGACACCGCAGCAGGAAUGGAGACGGAGGGCGAGAGAGAACGAUCACAGGUGCUUGAAUCCAGCUCUGACAUACUUGUUCUGCAAGACCUGAAGACUGAACUGACCCAAACCAAACUAGAGCUGGAGACAACACUAAAAUCACAACACAAACUCCUGAAAGAACUCGACACACUCAGGUCGGAGGUGUCGCUCAAGGCCAAUGAAGUGGAUUCGCUGACCGAACGACUCUCAGAAGAGCAGAAGAGACUGAGAGAGCUGCAGUGGGCGUUCGAGAAAGAGAAAUGCAGAUCUGAAAGGAUGCAGGAGUCAGAGAGAGAGGAAACAGAGGACCUUAAACUGUAUCUCGAGGAGCAGCGAGGUCGUGUGGCCGAGCUGUCGAGCUCUCUGGAGAAAGAGAGACAGAUCUCAGCUCAGCUCAGAGAGCAUGCCGACGGGCAGCAGGAGCGAGAGAUCAGCGUCUCCUCUGAGCUGCAGGUGCAGUUAGACGCUCAGAGAGCUCGUGCAGAUGAACUCAGCAGCGCUUUAGAGAAACAGAAAGAACUGAACGCACAACUGAUUCAACAGAUCCAGACGAGCUCAACGGCCGCUCAAAACCAGCAGAAGUCUGAGACGCAUCAGACCUUCAUACAGGCCGAAGCCACCUGCAGUCAGGUGGAGGCGGGCGUUCUCUCUGUCGAGUCUCUGUUGCAGACGCUGCAGACGCAGCUGGCAGAGAAGCAGACGCAGGUGGUGCAGAUGAUGGAGGAGCUGGAGAGACAGAAACUGGACGCGGUGCAGCGCAAACGACAGUUUGACGAGGAGAAAUCGGCGCUCGUACGCUCCGCAGCGCAGGACCAAAAUGCACUGCGAGCAGCUCUUGACAGCCUGAGUCGCAUGGAGAGACAGACGGGCGAGCUGCAGACAGAGCUGAACGCAGAGAGGCAAAACGUGCAGCGACUGGAGCUAGAGAGAGACAGGUUAAAGGAGAGAGUGAGACAGCUCGAGGAGAGAGUGAGACAGAGUGAGAAUACACAAAGUGUGCGUUCAGACAGUCACCCGCCGCCGGAUCUGACCCGUGACUGGGUGUUGCAGCAGAAUUCAGGUGACGCUCUGACACUGCACUCCAGCUCAACGUCAUCGCGUGAGGUCGCGGGGUCAGGGGUCGCUCAGAGCUCAGACCCCAAACACAUGGACAAAAUCCUCAGCAGACUGGACCUCAUCGCCGGCAAGAUCAACAACCUGACCAGGUCACCAGUGGAAGCGCCGGACCGUGAAAGUCUGGCGUGGCUGCACAGUAAUGUACAGGAUGUGAUGUCACUGUUACAGCAUAUCCCAUCAGCCCCAUCUGCUCUCCCGGAGAGCACCGCCCUGCUGGUGGGAGGUUCGUCCAGUCUGCUAAACGAGCGAUUACUGAGACAGAACGCAGAACUGACGGGAUUCGUCAGCCGACUGACAGAAGAGAAGAACGACUUGAGAAACCAGUUACUGAAACUAGAGGAUGAGCUGCGAAGAUGCAGACAGUAUCCGAACAGCUCUGAGAAUGUGUGGAGCAGGAGCAGUGUAGAGCGUCAGCAGAUGAUGUUGUUUUCGAGUGAGCGAGAGACCUGGGCUCAGGAGAAGAGUCGAUUAGAAAAGUGUCUUCAUCAGACGGAGGUGGAACUGAACCGACUCCGAGGAGAGAUCCGAUCCGACACGCUCCGAGAAAUGACUGGCUCUGAUACAGACAACAGCACGCUCAAGAGGCUGUAUGGUAAAUACCUGCGAUCUGAGAGUUUCCGGAAGGCUCUGAUCUAUCAGAAGAAAUAUCUGCUGCUGUUGCUGGGCGGGUUUCAGGAGUGUGAGGAGGCCACGCUGUCUCUCAUCGCCCGCAUGGGCGGUCACCCCACACACACCUGUCUAGAGUCUGUCAGUCAUCAGCGCAGAGGAUUCACACGCUUCAGAUCAGCUGUGCGCGUCUCCAUCGCCCUCUCCAGGAUGAAGUUUCUGGUGAAGAGAUGGCACAGAGCUUCUGUUGGACCAAUCACCUCUCAGAUCAUCAGCAGGAACGGCAUUGGUCAGAUCAGAGGAUCUGACGAAAGGAACCAAUCUUCAUACCUGCAUCCAGGAAGUGUUGAGGUGUUCAGAGAGAGACGAGCGACCAGCCGCGGCCGAACGGGACGAGACUCGCCUCGCUCGACCGCAUCAGUCCAGCACCGGUAUCACAGUGUGUCAGGUGACACUGGAGCUGUACUCUCUUCACACCUGCAGAACUAUGAUCCGGAUCGUGCUCUCACAGACUAUAUCUCUCGUCUGGAGGCCCUACAGAGGAGACUGGGAAGUGUGCAGUCAGGUUCCUCUUCAUACGCUCAACUGCACCUUGGAGUCCGAAGAUAAAGUCCUUCAUUUACACUGAAACUGGCUUGAAGAAACUCUGUUGCCUUCUCUUGUGCUGAGCUGCUUCUGUGUUCUCAUCUGACACAUACUGUGGGACCAAAAAGACCUUUCUUUUUUGAAUGUGUGUAUCAUCUUAUAUUUAAGCUUUUUGUUGGCAGCACUUGAAACAGCUUCAGUAUCUGAGCAUUAGUUGUACCUUAUUUGUUGUUAAUGGAGCGCAAUCAUGUUGUUUCUGUAUAUUUGUGAAAUGCUAAUUUAAGUUGAUUCAUUUAAUCUGUGUUGUGUUUGAGAGACGUGGCGGAUGGUGACCGAGAUGGCUGCUAUCAGACUGAUAACACUGCUGCUGCGCGGAGCGACGCAUUACAUGCAGAAUAAACACUAACAGAAGGUGUUAUGAAUGUUAUUAAGGCUUUAUAAAGCUCUGUAAGGGACGUCCUGUGCAGUUGUACCGUGUUAUCAGAUACUCUACACUGUGUUUUAUUAGCACGCUCCCAACAGAGGACAUUUGUGGAAGACAUAUUUUUGUAAAGGUCGGAGCUUUGGGUUUUAUGGGUAUUUUGUCAAAACUGAAAUGAAGAUUAAUAUAAUAUUUGAAAUCUGCGCUUGUCUCAGUUUACUUGUUUCUCCAUUUACUUACAUUGAUUCAUUUGUUAGGGAUAUAAAUACAGCAGCACUUGAAAUCACUGUUGAAUAAAUUAUGUUUGAAUAUUAAAAUUCAGUUUAUGAAAGCCAAAGUUUCCCCCAAUGUCUUGACCUCUGCCCUUUCACAUUUCAUGCAUGAUGCAUGUAAAAACAUAUUUCAAGCCAGAAGAAUUUUAAAUGUGUGAGAGAUUUUGAGAGCUUCGAAAAUAUAAAAAUAUGAGCAUUU